AUGACAGGAGACGCGAGGCUAAUCGAAGAAGGCUCUGGUGAGAUUGAGACGGCUGUAGAGUCUGGUUACCCGGCGGCACAAUCAGUGUUAGGGUUUUUGUGGGGAAUGGGGAUUUUGAGAGAGAGGAGUAAACAGAAAGCAUUUGUUUAUCAUCAUUUUGCUUCAGAUGGUGGCAAUAUGCAAUCCAAAAUGGCUCUUGCUUAUACCUACACUCGUCAAGAUAUGUUUGAUAAAUCGGUUAAGCUUUAUGCUGAAUUAGCAGAAGUGGCUGUCAAUGGUUUUCUCAUUUCCAAAGAUUCUCCCGUCAUUGAACCUAUUAGGCUACACAAUGGAGCUGAAGAGAACAAAGAGGCACUUAGAAAAUCUAAAGGGGAAGAGGAUGAGGAUUUUCAGAUUCUCGAGUAUCAGGCACAGAAAGGGAAUGAUGCUGCUAUGUACAAAGUGGGACUCUUUUACUACUUUGGGCUACGUGGAUUGAGGCGUGACCAUUCUAAGGCACUUUCGUGGUUCUUGAAGGCAGUGGAGAAGGGAGAGCCUCGCUCCAUAGAGCUUCUCGGAGAGAUAUAUGCCAGGGGAGCCGGUGUUGAGAGGAACUAUACAAAAGCCUUUGAAUGGCUUACUCUAGCAUCUAAGCAUCACCUCUACUCUGCUUAUAAUGGGAUUGGUUAUUUGUAUGUCAAAGGCUAUGGAGUCGACAGCAAAAAUUACACUAAAGCAAAAGAGUAUUUUGAAAAGGCUGCUGAAAAUGACGAGGUUGGUGGCCAUUAUAACCUAGGUGUCAUGUUUCUCAAGGGGAUUGGAGUGAAAAGAGAUGUGCGGUUGGCAUGUAAAUAUUUUAUAGUGGCUGCCAACAAUGGUCAACCAAAGGCUUUCUACCAACUUGCAAAGAUUUUUCAUCUUGCUCCAACUGUUGUUUUGGUCAAUCAGCAAUACAUGAAUAUUAAACAUAACACAGAUCUUCAAGUUGAGGAGUAUCACGGGGCUAAAGGAGUUGAUACAUGGAAUUUCGAGAGCUGGCAGAAGGAAGUUAAGGACAAUGAUGUAAUGGUUAUGACACCCCAUACUCUUUUGGAUGCCUUAAGAAAAGCAUUCCUGAGUAUAGAAACGAUAUGCUUGAUGGUUAUUGAUGAGUGUCAUCAAGCAUCAGGCAACCAUCCCUAUGCAAAGAUAAUGGUGGAAUUUUAUCAUCAAGCUAAUGUAAAGCCAAAGAUUUUUGGGAUGACAGCAUCACCAAUUGGUAAAAGAGAGUCUAGAUUGUACCAGGAAAAACUUGAUCAGUGGCUCUGUAGACAGCAAGAGGGUGGAUCAAGACUUGCAAAUGUGAAUCCAGCUGCUGAAGCAAAUAUAUUUGGUGAUCCAGAUGCUGCUGAUGUUGUAUUCACAAGUGGCGCAGAUAUAUUGGCAGUUGGAAUAAAUGUUACUCACCAAGUCGUAUUGUCAGGUUCUGAUCGAGAAAAGUUAGCAAGUUCAAAAGGAAAAUUUGCUCAAUACCUUACCGGAAUCUUAGAGGUGUAUUUCUCUUACCAUUGUGACGCAUACAACACCAAUGGAGUUUACCUUCAUGACCCUACAGCGUUGCUUGCAGCCGUUGAUCCUUCACUCGUAACUUGCACAGAAGGUGCUGUUAGAGUCCAAACCAGAGACAUAACAAGGGGACUUACAAUUCUCUACAAUAAACAGAAAAGGUUUGAAGAAGUCACUAAAUGGUCCAAUAUGCCAACAGUAAAAGUAGCUGUGACAGUUGAUGCUCCUAGAGUUGUGAAAUUGGUCAUGGAUCGUCUUGUGGCUUGA